AUGGAGGCAAUUCUUAGAUAUCAAGAAGUUGAUGAAGUCGUGAGACAGGGAAUUAAAGAAAGCAAAGAAGAUGAUAUAGCACCAACGAAGAAACUUCACAAAGAAGAACGUCGUCUGGAUUGCAAAGCCAGAAUGCUCCUUCAUCAAUGCGUUUCUCCAACUAUCUUUCAAAAGAUCUCUAAAGCGUCUAUUGCCAAGGAAGCGUGGGAUAUUCUCCAAGAAGGAUAUGGGAAUACUGGAAAAGUUAAAAAAGUGAGACUACAAGCAUUGCAACGUCAAUAUGAGCUUCUGGGGAUGGGUGUAGAGGAAACUGUGACAGAAUACAUGGGAAGAAUCCAGACUCUUGUCAAUGACAUGAGGGCCUGUGGAAAAAUUGUAAAAGAUAGAAAAUUAAUCCAAAAGAGACUGCUUGAAAGAAAGAACGUUGAGAAAGCAGCAGCGACACAAGCAACGAAUCAAGCUUUCCAAGCAAGAGCAAAAUCAGGCUGCAAGAACCGAGGCAGAGGUAGAGGAAGAUCGCGUGGUGGUGGUGGCCGAAAUGGAGGAAGAAAUGUGACAUACUCUGAACAAAGCGGUGAAGAAAAUGGAGAGGAUGGAGGUAGCAGAGGAGGUAGAUGCCCGAGAGGUAGAGGCAGAAAAGGCACCGACAAACGAAAUAUACAGUGUUAUACAUGCAAGAAGUAUGGACACUACUCCUCUGAGUGCUGGCACAACGAGUCAGCCAAGAAGAACAAAAAUGAUGAUGCCACUAAUCUGGCACAGGACAUUCAUGAUUUUGAAUCGGAAUUGGUAGUACUAAUGGGUGUUGCGGAAGAAAAUAUAGAAGAAGGGAAUAAAGAUUUAAUGUUGAAGGACAAGAGUUACAAGAAUGUUGAUCACGCAUUAUUUCUGGAUGCAAUACGACAAACAGACACGUCAAAGAUUGAGGACAGGUGUUGUCGGUCAGAUGCACGCAACAAUGAGGACAGGUGUUGUCGGUCAGAUGCACACAACAAUUUUAUUAAACCCGUGGCACAUGCAGGUGAAGGGCAACAUGGAGCAGAAAACUUAAAAACCAAACGUGUCUUGUUGACAAAUAAUAAUCGUGAUCAUGAAGAGAAUGACUAG